AUAUUUGCAACAAAAAGCCCAAUCGCUAUGUUUUUAUAUAGUAAAUAUAUGUAAAACUAGCAUAAACAUUAGUCAACCAGCGGAAACUGAAGUAAUAAUCUAACAUGGCAGCCUCCGUAAAAUGUCUUGUAACGAAUAUGAUUAAAGCUAAUAGCAUCAUGGUCUUCUCCAAAUCAACGUGUCCAUUUUGUCUGAUGGCUAAAUCUGUGUUAAAAGAUGCUGGAGCUAAAAAUAUGACAGUGUUGGAAAUUGAGAAUAGACCAGAUGCUUUUGAUAUUCAGAAUGCCUUGAAGGAUAUGACCGGAUCUGCUACCGUCCCUGCUGUGUUUGUCGCGGGAAAAUAUCUCGGAGGUGGUACGGAGACUCAGGAAUUAUUUGAUACGGGAAAAUUAAAGAAACUAAUUGAAGACGUAGACACAUUUAUAAAGAAGAAUGAUAGUUCAUGAUGAUAAUCUUGCUGUGUGUGUAAGAGGCCUAAUUAAUUAUAGAUCAUAUUGCAAUUAAUUUAUCAAGAUAUUUAACUCAAUUAAAAUAUUGAUUUUUAUUUAAUACUUACUUAGAAUA